AGCUGCGGGAGGACGAGGUCGGAGAGGAAGAGUGGACAUGUCCACCAUGGGCUGGUGGCGCCGCCGGGUGCCCGGAGCCGUGUGGGGGCAGUAGACUGUGCGCGGGCUGCGCCGUGGCCGACCUUCGGCCAGGGGCGGGGCGGUGCCUUGAGGUGCGGUGUGGUGAGCUCUAUCUCUUCUCCGAGACGACGUGCAAGAGGAAGAGGGACUAGGUCCAAACGCCAGGUGGCGGUCUCCAGGCAGACCUAAAUGGGAAAGGAAGCCAUAGUGAGAGCUCGCUUGGUGAGUAUGGAAUCAGAAUGAGAGGAUGUGGAAAAGCUUUGGUAGCACUGGCCUGUAAGGUCGCCUGGGGAUACCAUCUGGUUUCAAUGAAGCUCUUGCUAGGGUCACCAGGACACCAGAAGCCCCUUGUCUGCAGCCCCCGCCCUCCCCAGUCUCCAUUCACAUUAGGUCUGACCGGAGUAGCGUGUGCUCUCCUAUAGAUGGUUAAAUGAACCAUGCUUUGUGGUCUGCCUUUUCAUGCCCUCACCCCUUUUAAGAAAAAAAAAAUCUGAUCAGCCAGUUACUGAUGUAAAAAUUGGUCAGAUAUGUCCUACUGGCACAGAAGAGGUUUUAUCUCUUUAAAGUAACUCUUUUUCUUGAAUCAUUUGGGGGCUGACCAUAAAACUAAACUCUUAGUUACUGUUUCCUCUUUUUUGAAAUUUUUGGGGAAAUUCCUCCAGAAUGGACAACGAUAAGGAACUUUUGCUGCAGAGUGGUAAGUGCUCAGUGUAUAUGAUGGAGGUAAGCCCAGGGCGACAUGGCGACUAUCUGCCAGGAGCCACCUGAGAGUCCAGAGGGUGGAGUCGCGGCUGGUCUGGUAGGGGUAGUGUUUGUUUACUCCAUGCUCACAUUCCCCUGUGAAAUUGUUACCCAAACAGCCUCUAUUGUCCACAUGUACCUGUUCAUGGUUGACUGGACCACACUGGACGCAUCAGCCUAGAGCAGUGGUUCUCAAAGUACGGCUCCUGGCAUGCUUCCUGGAUGGCUGUUUCCUGGGGAGCCACAGACCUCCUAAAUACCCACCCCGGAAAGGCUGGUGCCUUUCUCCCAGGCACCCCAGGCUUGAGAGCCACAUCCUGGAAGGCAUCGAGCUGUAGUGUGCACUCGUAAUGUCGGAGAGGGGGUGAGCAGAGGCACAGGCUGGCCCAGCUGGCAGUGUUGGGUACCUGAGCCGGGAGGUAAGGCGGGCCCAGGCUGGGACAGCACUUCCCUCCACGUGGCGCUGAAGGAGAGAAUGUCGGUUUGCAGAAAGAGGCAGGAGAAAGGAGCAAACGAGCAGAGAAGAGACCGCACACCCUGCUGUCCCUGAGAAGCGAAGAAAGUAACUUCCUCGGUUCGUGACUUUAAAGUUCUCAAUUCCAGCCCCCUUUAAUGAGUGGUAGGCAUGGCUGUUGCCAUGGAGGCAGAAGCUGGACUGGGGAAGUGGGGGCGCAGUGGGCAGAGCAGUUAUGCUUUCGAUUGGCCAGAGUUGCUGUCACCAGAGGAGUUCACCUGGGUCUUCCCAAGGGUGAGGUCCCUGGCAUUUUGACUCUGUUCCUGUGGAUAAGAACACUUGUUCUGAAGUUCCAGAAAGGAUCCUAUUCCCAAACAGAAUUUUUGCUGCAUGUGGUUUUGUUCUUCUCUGGAAGUAAAGCCAGAAGUACAAAACUGUCAGGUCCCUGAGCACUGACUGUCCCAGGCUGCCGCGUCUUUCCUGUUGACUCAUGUUGGGUUCCUCCAGUGAAAGUUGUCCUUAGAGAGAUGCUGCCUCCAAAGUACUUGUCUGCCACCAAACCCAAGAGGUCUUGGGCCCCAAAUCUGUGUGAGCUAGACAGUGACUUGUCUCAGGAGCCGGAUGCCGCCAUAGGAGAAGCCGCCACUGACUCUGAAUUCUUUCAUCAGAGGUUUCGGAACUUCCUCUACGUGGAAUUUGUCGGGCCUCGGAAGACCCUGCUCAAACUCCGAAACCUCUGCCUCGAUUGGUUGCAGCCGGAGACUCGCACCAAGGAGGAGAUUAUCGAGCUCUUGGUCCUCGAGCAGUACCUGACCAUCCUUCCAGAAAAGAUCAAGCCUUGGGUGCGUGCAAAAAAGCCGGAGAACUGCGAGAAGCUCGUUACUCUGCUGGAAAAUUACAAGGAGAUGUACGAACCGGAAGACGACAACAGCAGUGACGCCCACAGCGAAGGCAACAUGAGCCGGAAGGCAGCAGAGUCCCCGCCGCCACACUCCGCCUGCUGCAGUGACCGGGACUGGGACCAGGACUGGGACCGAGACUGGGAGCGAGCCCGCGAGCGGGAGCACCGGAGGGGCAGAAGCAGGGACCUGGAGUCCCGGGCCCACUGGCCGUACGCCCGGAGCCCCAGGAGCAGGUUUCAUCAGCGGGAUCUUUCCCUUCCUCUGAUGGAGGAAGUGGCUUUUGCAAAGGAAAGAGAGCACAAGCGUUGGGACUCUCUGAUGGAUUAUGAGACGAGAUCGCAGGAUGCGGUGUCGUACCAGGAUGUGGUGGCCCUCACCGAGGACCGGAAGCCCCAGAACCCAGUUCAGGACAACAUGGAGAACUACCGGAAGCUGCUCUCACUGGGGGUUCAGCUUGCCGAGGACGACGGCCACUCGCACAUGACCCAGGGCCACUCGUCACGGUCAAAGAGAAGUGCCUACCCGAGCACCAGUCGAGGUCUGAAAACUAUGCCUGAAACCAAAAAGUCAGCCCAUCGGCGGGGGAUCUGUGAAGAUGAAUCUUCCCACGGGGUGAUAAUGGAAAAGUUCAUCAAGGACGUUGCGCGCAGCUCCAGAUCGGGAAGAAGGGAACCUAGCGACCGGCCGCAGAGGUUCCCCAGGAGGCCAGACGGUGACUGGAAGGAAGCUCCAUUCAGCAAGAGGGAGUCGGUGAUUCAGGAGAGGGGCCAUGAAGGCAAUGCCUUUGGGGGAGGAGGCUUUAAUGUGAACUCAAACCUUGUUUCCAGAAAGAGAGUUCUUGAGAGAAAAAGGCGCUAUCAUUUUGACACAGACGGGAAGGGCUCUGUGCACGGUCGGAGAGGUGGUGCAAGGAAGCGGCCCUUUGAGCGCAGCGAGGUGAGGAAGGCCGGGAGCGGGAGCAGCCUUAGUGUGCCGCCCAUCCCCCAGUUGCAGCCCUUCGACUUCGGGGCGACGCCCUAUGUGUGUGAUGAGUGCGGGAGGUCCUUCAGUGUGAUUUCGGGGUUUGUGGAGCAUCAGAUCACGCACACCAGGGAGAAUCUGUACGAGUACGGCGAGUCCUUUCUUCAUAGUGUGGCCGUCAGUGAGGUUCAGAAAAGGCAGGCCGGAGGGAAACGCUUUGAAUGUAAGGAGUGUGGGGAACCCUUCAAUAAGAGCGCCGCCCUGGCCGAGCAUCGGAAAAUUCACGCUAGAGGUUGCCUUGCGGGGCGUAAGGGCGAGGAGCACGAGGAGCCCUUCCUGCCCAGCCCAACCUUCAGCGAGCUCCAGAAGAUAUACGGGAAGGACAAGUUCUAUGAGUGCAGGGUGUGCAAGGAAACCUUCCUUCAUAGUUCUGCCCUGAUCGAGCACCAGAAGACCCAUGGCCGAGAUGACAAAGGUAAUGAGCGUGGGGAAGCCUUCAAACCCAGCCCAGUGCUUAACGAGCUUCAGAAGAUGUAUGGGAAAGAGAAAAUGUACGAGUGCAAGGUGUGCGGGGAGACCUUUCAUCACAGCGCAUCCCUGAAAGAGCACCACAAGAUCCACACCCGAGGAAACCCAUUUGAAAACAAGGGCAAAGUGUGUGAGGAAACCUUCAUUCCUGGCCAGUCCCUUAAAAGACGCCAGAAAACCUACCCAACAGAGAAGGCCUACGACUUCAAAGAUGGUGGGGAUGCCUUUAGGCAAAACUCAGACCUCAUCGAGCAUCAGAAAAUUCAUUCUCGGAAGAACCUCUUUGAAGGCCGGGGGUACGAGAAGUCUGUCAUUCACAGUGUGUCUUUCCCCGAAUCUCAGAAGAGUCACACUAUAACAAGGCCACCUGAGGAUGAGGAAGACGAGAAGGCAUUCACUGUCAGCUCCAAUCCUGAUGACAGCCGGGAAGCCCUGUCCUAUGAGAGGAACCCCUAUGAGAGGUCCUUCAUUCACAGCUCAGCCUUCCCUGGGGCUCAGAAAGGUCACAGCAAACCGAGAGUGAUAGCAGAGGCGACCGUUCAGAGCUCGGGUGCCACCGAACAUCAGAAAGUCCAUGCUGGGGAGAGUACCUCUGAAAGAAAGGGGUAUGAGAGGUCCGUCAUCCACAGCCUAGCCGCUUUCAAGCCUCCCCGUGGUUGUGGUGGAAAUGAGCUCCUUGGCUGUGACGAGCAGCGGGAGUCCUCCGCUUACCUCUCAGACCCUUGUGGCCAGCCGCAGAAGACCCCUGCCCGAGAGAGCCCCUAUGCAGGGGGUAAGAACAACAUCUUCAAGGGCUCUGUUGUCCACGGCAUGUCCCACACCGGACCUCAGGACAGUCUCGCUGGGGAGGGCCCCAGUGGAUGGAAGAAGGAUGGUGAACCAUCUGUUCCCAAGUCAGAUGUGCGCGAGCAUCAGAAGGCUCGUGCUAAGAAGAAGAACAUUGAGCGUAGGAUUUACGAGACCUCUGUAAUCCACUCCCUGCAUUUUGGUGAACCUCAAACGUUUCGCCCGAGAGAGAAGUUGUACGAAUGUCCAGAGUGUGGAGAGUCCUUUGUUCAUAGCUCCAACCUCACUGAGCAUCAGAAGAUUCAUGAUAGAAAGAAGCUCUCUGGAAGUGAAAACUACAUACGAUCUGUCAUUCGCAGCUUAGCCUCCACGGAUCCUCAGACCAGUUAUGCGGGCCAGACAGCACAGAUGAGUUAUGCUGAAGAGCCAGCUCAGACCAGUUACGUGGACCAGUCAGUGCAGACAGCUUAUGCAGGACCACCAGCUCAGACCAGUUACCCUGAACCGCCAGCUCAGACCAGUUACCCAGAACCACAAGCUCAGACCAGUUACGCUGAACCACCAGCUCAGACCAGUUACGCUGAACCGCCAGCUCAGACCAGUUACCCUGAACCACCAGCUCAGACCAGUUACGCUGAACCGCCAGCUCAGACCAGUUACGCUGAACCGCCAGCUCACACCAGCUACGCUGAACAGCCAGCUCAGACCAGCUACGCUGAACCACCAGCUCAGACCAGUUACGCUGAACAGCCAGCUCAGACCAGUUACGCUGAACCGCCAGCUCAGACCAGUUACGCUGAACCGCCAGCUCAGACCAGUUACCCUGAACCGCCAGCUCAGACCAGCUACGCUGAACCGCCAGCUCAGACCAGUUACCCUGAACCGCCAGCUCAGACCAGUUACGCUGAACCACCAGCUCAGACCAGUUACGCUGAACCACCAGCUCAGACCAGUUACCCUGAACCACCAGCUCAGACCAAUUACCCUGAACCACCAGCUCAGACCAGUUACGCUGAACCGCCAGCUCAGACCAGUUAUGCUGAACAGCCAGUCCGCAAUGAAUGUAAGGAGUGUGGGGAGUGUUUUGCCACUGUUGAAGACCUUGGCAUCCAUCAGAAAAUCUAUUCCCGAGAGAAAUUCCAUGGCAGGGAGCUGUUUGGAGACGCUGUGAUUCAGGGUGUGGGCCUUGAUGGGCCUCGACAGGAAGAGCCUCGGCAGGAAGGGCUGGACGAGCCGGAUGAGCCUGAAGACACCAUCUAUGGGUGUAAGGACUGUGGGCUGGGCUUCGUGGAUCGCACAGACCUCAAGGACCAUCAGAAGGUUCACGGCAGAGAGUACCUCAUCGACAGCCGCGAGUACGCGCAUUCUGUGAUGCACAUGCAUUCUGUCAGUGAGUAUCAGAAAGAUUACAUUGGAGAGCAGCUUUAUGAGUGCCCGGCAUGUGGGGAAUCUUUCGUUCAUAGCUCAUUCCUUUUCGAGCAUCAGAAAAUCCAUGAGCAAGACCAGUUUUACGGCCACAGGAGGUAUGAUGAGCCCUUUAUGCAGCCCUUGGUCAUUAGCCCACAGCGGCCUCGGGCCCCACAGAAGAGUCCUCCUGCGGGGACGUCCCUGCAAUGCCAGGUGUGCGGACGAGACUUCAUCCACGGCUCUGUCCUUAACGAACACAUGAGAGUCCACGCUGGAGACAGCCUGCUGGAGCGGAGCCAGGGAAGCACAGAUGCGGUCAGCCCAGGCUCGGCCCCCACAGACCUUCAGAGAGACCAGGCCAAGGACAAGCACUAUGAGUGUAAGACCUGUGGAGAAUCCUUCCCCAGCCAGGCAGACCUUCGGGAGCACAUGAGAAUUCACGAGAAGGAUGAGCCCUAUGACUAUGGGGCCACCUUUGUCCACACCUCCUUCCUUACCGAGCCCCCCAAGAGAGAUUCACCCUUCUAUGAGUGCAAGGACUGUGGGAAGUCCUUCAUCCACAACACAGUCCUCACGAAGCAUCAGAAGCUGCACCUCGAGGAAGAGGAAGCAGCAGCAGCCGCCGCCCAGGAAGUUGAAGCCAACGUCCUCGUUCCACGGGAAGUUCUGCGGAUCCAGGGAUCAAAUGUGGAGGCCGCAGAGCCGGAGGUGGAGGCUGCCGAGCCGGAGGUGGAGGCUGCUGAGCCCAACGUGGAGGCCGCCGAGCCCAACGGAGAGGCCGAGGGGCCAGAGGGGGAGGCCGCCGAGCCCAACGGGGAGGCCGAGCAGCCCAACGGGGAGGCCGAACAGCCCAACGGGGAUGCUGAUGAACCGGAUGGGGCAGGGGUCGAAGACCCAGAGGAAAGAGCCGAAGAGCCAGAGGGAGACGCAGAUGAGCCGGAUGGUGCAGGGAUCGAGGACCCAGAAGAGGAAGGUGACGACCAGGAGAUCCAAGUGGAAGAGCCCUACUACGAUUGCAGGGAGUGUGGAGAGACCUUCACCUCCAACUCGGCCUACGGUGAGCACCUGAAAACCCAUGCCAGGGUGAUAAUAUUCGAGCCUGGAAGCGUCUACGGGGAAAGCUCCCACUACACCGAGCACGCCAGCACCAGCAGCAGUGACAGCGGCAGGGCUGAUGACAAGUACUUCAAGUGUGACGUCUGUGGGCAGGUCUUCACCGACCGCCUGUCACUGGCCAGGCACCAGAACACCCACACUGGCUGAGGACUUGGGUGUCAAGGUUGGAAAACCUUCACUAGGACUGGACCCUUACUAAACUACAGAGAAUUGGAACCAACCCACGAUGAGGUCGGAAGGAGGCUUCCCUUGGCGUAUACACACCUGACUUUGAACAUCAGACAACUCAGCCUGGAAAGAAACUGAAGGUGGAGACUCCUCCGGACCUAGCUCUUCCCCAUCAAACCUCCGCGUAUGCAUGUGGGAAAGCCAUAGCACACAGCUUACCUUCCACCCGAGCAUCUGCAUUGACGGAAAACUAGAGGGGUUUUCAAGGCCACAGAAAUCGCCCACAUCUGUAAAUGACACUCCUGGAACCUAUAUAUAAUGAAUGUUUCCUGAGAUGUAUAUAAAAUAGCAAAUCAUAGCAAACAGUACUCAUAUUUGGACUUAAUAUGGUAUCCAGUUACAGUUCACUUGCAGAGGUACCUUCCUUACCUGGUACUCUUUUGAUUUUUUUUUUUUUUUUUUCUUUUUGGAGGAGGAAGAGAGCAACAAAUUAGAAUAUAUUUGUAAGCAUCUUAGAUCCUUAGAAAGAUUUAUUGUGCGUUAUUUGAAUCCCAUCCAUAUUUUUUUGAGUAAUGAACUGUUGUUCCUUACUCUUAAAUAUUCCUGUAGAGGUGUAGGCAUGAAAGAUAAAAUGUCUUUUCCGCUUUGCUGUUUGAAAGGGGAAGUACUUGGAGCUUCCUUUUCAGCCAUUUCGUCUACACCAACACUUUGGAACCUAAUGCUGUGUAAGCCUUUACGAUACGUGGAUUGGCCUUUUGUAACCCCAAAUUGAUUGGUUGCCACCUUGUACUUUGCAGUGGUUCUCAUGCAAAAAAUAGUUACAAGUUUUGUUAUUUGUUUUUAAACCAACUUGAUGUCUGUUGGAUAGCGAAUUCACAAAAGCUGAAGCUUCUCCCUGUGCAUCUUGCAUCUUUGCCUUUCAAGAGUGGUUGCAGCCAUCCCUAGAUCGCGCGCGGGCCUGCCGAGGUUGAGAACCGCGGGGGCUCUCACGUAAGUUAGGACGGGGCUGCUGCCUUGUCACUCCCUUUGCGCGCUCCCUGCCUUAAGCGACAAGUAGCAACGGGGCUUCGUCCGUGUGUGCCGCUACAACUCAGUUUUUGCACCCUGGGCGCCCAGGGGCGAGUAUCCUUAGAGCUUUCUAGCGUGAAACUUAAUUCUCGUCUUUACCUGUCUGACCCUCAACCCCAUGUCUAACUUGCAUUUUAAAAAAAAAAGCUUUCUUUACAGUCGACUCAAGCUUACCGUGGACUCAGGUUCCCCAGCAGCCUUAAUUUGUUCCGUUGCCAUCUGUUCCUUCCUCUUAACGAGUGCCCCCCUAAGUAAGCAGUUGUCACCUGUCCUUCAGAGUGUCAUGUCUGUUUCCCGUGCGAUCACAAGUCGACCUCACAGCUCGAGGUUUCCUGUGUCCUCUUCUGUGGACCACCUGUGCUCCCUUUGCUUCCCCACCCCUCGCAUAAUGACUAUUAAGAAAUUUUUUUGGCUUUGAGUUGGCUGGAAAAAAAAAUUAAAAAUUAAAAAAAAAUUUUUUAAAGAGGAUCUGGUAGAUGAAGGGAGCAGAAGAUAAGAGCUAGAUUAUUGGGGCGAACAAAGUUCAAGUACCUGCCGGGGAGAUGUGUCUAGAUCCCCCUCUCCUAGGUCCGCACGGUUAGGGCUCAGGGAGAGCAUAUCGCAGCUGGAAGGAAUGCCACAGUCGAAGGAGGUCGGUGGGGUGAGAGCAGGACGCAGACACGAGCAAGCCAAAGAACGGAGUCCUGACAACCUCACCAGACCCAGGAGGGCGAGGAAGCAGGUGGAAGCAACAUGAGGAGCAGGGAAGGGAAGGCCAGUAUGGGAAGAAUGAAUGAGCAGGAUAUCCUGGGCCUCUGAGAAGAAGGGGCCGUCUUGAUGGCAUGGUGUGGGCGAGGGCCAGCUGCGUAUGAAGACCCGAGGUUGGAUACCUGGGAGAGCUGAGGGACAGUGAGGCACGGCCUCAGAGGAGGACCCCUGAGGUGGGGGCCGGCGUCAGCGUCGGUGGGGUGAACCUGCGUUCCCCACUGUUGCCAGUUUUAACUGGUAGAACCCUUCAGAAAGCGACUUGCCAGAUGUCAGGGUGUCCAUCCCAGCCUUUGCUUAGUGGAACAUGAGGAACAACUUACGCCAAAACUGGGAGGACAAUUAAGGGAACUUGUCGGUGGACUCCUAAUGCAGCUGUUUAAAAAUGAUAAUCAUGGAGAGUUAUGUAGCAACAUGGAAAUAUAUUUACAGAAUACUAAGUGGAAAAAACAGGACACAGAAUUAUAUUUAUACUACAGUUAUAACUGUUCUAAAAUGUAUGCUUAUAGUCAAAAGCUGUCGUGGUGGUGGUGUUGUAGGCUUAUAGUCGAGCAUUAUUUUCUUAAAUUCCUUGAAUGUUCUUCAUCGUAGUGUUACUAAAAAGUUUAUAAUCACGUUUCCAUUGUGAACAUAAUUUGAACUCAUUAUCAGGCACUUGGAAAAUACAGAAAAGUGGAGGAAAAAAAAAUCCAUAUACCCCCCCAUCCAAAGAUGGAUAUACUCCUCACUAUAUUGUUUAUCCUUGUUUCUGUGCACAGGUUUAUGAUUAUAACUGUGUCAAAAUGUGUACUCAGAAUAACUGUUACCUUUGUGGAAUUAUGGUUAAACACUUUCAUCUUAAUGUUUUCAGAUGUUCCUUAUAGUAGUGUCCUGAUAACAAAGUUUAUUAUGUUUGUUUCCAUUACAAGCAUAAUACGUACCCAGAGGAAUAAUUGGAAAACACAAAAUAAAUUAGAAAAGUCGCCCAUAUCCCCAACACCCAACAACUACUGUUCACAUCUUGAUCUAUUUUCUCCAUCUCAUGUCAGUGCACAAGCUUGUGAUUAUGACAGUGUUGAGUACGUGUGCCUAAAGUCUAAAAUGAAAAAAUAUGGAAAAUAAUUAAAAGAGUGUUGUCGUUGUGGGAUUAUGGUUAAACAUUUUGUCUCAAAUUCCUUGAAUGAUCUUUGGUGUUUUGGUACUAAAUCUUACGUAUGUAUUUUUCCAUUACAAAUAUAGUCCAUACUCAUGGCAGACUUCGGGGAGAUUCAGCAAAGCAAAAGAACAGACAUUCACCCAUAUUCCCGACACCCAACAACCAUUGCUGUUGAC